GUCGCGAAGCGGCGCGGCGCAGACUCACGGCGAUGGCGGCGGCGGUGCUGAACGGGGCGGAGGGCGCCGGGGGGCUGCGGGCCGCAGCGGGAAUGUACGAACAGCUGAAGGGAGAAUGGGGCCGGAAGAGCCCCAACCUCAGCAAGUGCGGGGAGGCGUUGGGCCGCCUCAAGCUGGCACUGCUGGAGCUGAACUUCCUGCCCACCGGCGGCACUGCGCUCACCAAACAGCAGCUCGUGUUGGCCCGGGACAUCCUGGAGAUCGGGGCGCAGUGGAGCAUCCUAAAGAAGGACAUCCCGUCCUUCGAGCGCUAUAUGGCCCAGCUGAAGUGCUACUACUUCGACUACAAGGAGGAGCUGCCGGAGUCGGCGUUCCGCCACCAACUGCUGGGCCUCAAUCUGCUCUUCCUGCUGUCCCAGAACCGCGUGGCCGAAUUCCACACCGAGUUGGAGAGGCUGCCGGCGCGGGACAUCCAGAGCAACGUCUACAUCCGGCACCCCGUGUCCCUGGAGCAGUAUCUGAUGGAGGGCAGCUACAAUAAAGUGUUCCUGGCGAAGGGGAACAUCCCGGCCGAGAGCUACACCUUCUUCAUCGACAUCCUGCUGGACACCAUCAGGGAUGAGAUCGCGGGCUGCAUUGAGGAGGCCUACGAGAAGAUUCUGUUCCCGGAGGCGACGCGGAUCCUUUUCUUCCCCAGCGCCAAAAGGAUGAGCGAAUACGGCCGCAAGCGCGGUUGGAUUCUGGGCCCCAACAACUACUACAGCUUUGGGGUGCAGCAGCAGAAGGCGGAGGACUCCACCAUCCCAUCCACGCAGUUGGCCUCUCAGGUCAUCGAAUACGCGCGGCAGCUCGAAAUGAUCGUCUGACGCCGCCCCACAACUUAUGGGGCCGCCCCACAACUGCCGGGGCCGCCCCACGUUGUCCCCUCCAGACCCAUUUUCGGGGUCCCCCCCCCCCCCCCUUUUUCCUCUUCGCCAUGCGUUGGUUUUAAGCUGUUUUAAAGGGGUAUUCCCCCCCCCCCCACCACCACCCCCAAAUGUGGGCCGUGGACCCCCAACUCUGCCCCACAUUUUCUCCCCAUUCCCGUCCAUGGGGGGCAGAGGGGGCGCUGGUGACCCCCCCCCCCCAUCACCCGUCAAUAAAGCCAUGGCUUCUCGCA